UUAAACAGGGGCACAAAGUGGCAUUUGAGAGAGAGGAUACUUCCUUUCAUAGUGGACAUUUGUCUUUCCAGAGGAUUUAUACUGACUGAGAGCAAAGACUUUUCCCAGAGAAUUGUGUGGUCAUUUGAACUCUGGGAAACUUCCCUUUAUCUGCCGGGACUUGCCUCUAUACUUGGAGUGGUCCAAACCCUAGGAUGUCCUCCUAUAAAUGUGAAGAGGAAGGCACACUCAGAAGUCACAGCUGUGUCCUCAUUUAUAAAUCGGAGGCAAAUGGAGAUGAAAAUCACACUCCAGACAGUAACUUAAUCGGACUCACCACCAAGAUGUUAAAAGUGAAGAGGCUGGAGGAAGCAGACACGUGUUACAACAGUAACCAGCUGGAGAAAAUGGCCUUUUUUCAGUGCAUGAAAAAGGUUGAGAAAUGUUUUCUGGAAGAAAGUUCUAGUGAACAAGAUUCAAGAUCUGGAAAGAAUGAGGCUAAGGAGAAGGUGCGGUCACACUCCGGCCAGAAGGAAACGACCCCUGUCAAAGGCAAAAGGCAAUCAGCCCUCACAGAUGACAGCCCGGCUCCUCCUGCCCCAUUUCCUCACCGUAUUGUGACAGCCAAACAAGCAGCAGUCGACAGUUUUUAUACCGUGAGCAGAACCGAAAUUUUAGGAGGCGGGCGCUUUGGCCAGGUUCACAAGUGUGAAGAGAAGGCCACAGGUCUGAAGCUGGCGGCCAAGAUCAUCAAGACCAGAGGCGUGAAAGAUAAGGACGAAGUGAAGAACGAGAUCAAUGUCAUGAACCAGCUGGAUCAUGUGAAUCUCAUUCAGCUCUACGACGCCUUUGAGUCUAAGAAUGACGUUGUCCUGGUCAUGGAGUAUGUGGACGGCGGGGAGCUGUUUGACCGAGUCAUUGAUGACAGUUACAACCUGACCGAGCUGGACGCCAUCCUGUUCAUCAGGCAGAUAUGCGAGGGGAUAAGACACAUGCAUAAGAUGUACAUCCUCCACUUAGACCUGAAGCCUGAGAAUAUCCUGUGUGUGAAUCGGGAUGCUAAACAAAUAAAAAUUAUUGAUUUUGGAUUGGCCAGAAGAUACAAACCCAGAGAGAAGCUGAAGGUGAACUUUGGGACCCCAGAAUUUCUUGCCCCUGAAGUUGUGAACUAUGAUUUUGUUUCCUUUCCCACUGACAUGUGGAGUGUGGGGGUCAUUGCCUACAUGCUACUUAGUGGUUUGUCCCCCUUCCUGGGUGAUAAUGAUGCUGAGACCCUGAACAACAUCCUGGUCUGCAGGUGGGACUUAGAGGAUGAAGAGUUUCAGAACAUCUCAGAGGAGGCCAGGGAGUUCAUCUCCAAGCUUCUGAUUAAGGAGAAGAGUUGGAGAAUAAGUGCGAGCGAAGCUCUCAAGCACCCCUGGUUGUCUGACCACAAGCUCCACUCCAGGCUCAGUGCACAGAAGAAGAAGAAUUGCUGCUCUGACACCCAGGACCCUGUGGCCAAAUAGUCUGUGGAAGGCACCCAUCUGAAAGGAAAACUGCUGUGGUUGCUGCUGCUUUGAGAAGAUUUUUGGAAAAAUCAGCAGUUCUGAUGCCUUGACCCCUGUGAUGACUGGUGGCCAUAGCGAGGGAGCCGCCACACUUGAACUCUGAGCACCUCUGCCACAUUCGGGGAC